AUGGCGUGGCUUGGACGCAGCAGCCGCCCUCCGCGAAAAUCCGUGGGUGGCCACGAGAAUUCCCUGCGAGAUGCCAUGAGGUCUCGCGGCGGCAUUACAAUCAGGCCUCCUGCUGCCCCCACAGACGUCGAGGACAACGAGCCAGUGCCAGAGAAAAGCACGUUGGACUGGCUCAACCUCAACGCCUUCGCCCCGAAGGCCAUCCAGGGAGCCAUCGAUCGAAUUCGGCUCAGCACAGUGACGGGUGCUGGCGAUGCAGAGGUGCCAAAAGAGGCAGAAGGGGAGUUGCUAACAUCCCCGCGUCGAAUGGGCAAUGACCAACCGACCAGUUCCACAGAUGGUUAUGUACGGCCAGCACGCAAGUCGCUUAGCUCGGCCCUCCGGGCUCGCGGUGGCAUUACCCGUCCCUCUGUUGCCGAGACAGAGCCUGACGCACCUGCGCUGGACGAGCCUGACGAGCCUGCUGCAGCAACGGUGGAUGAGGCGGAUGAGGCGGAGUCGUUGGACAGCUCCGCUGCGGACGUUGAAGCUGCAUCUGCGCAGCCCAGCGCCGACAGAACAGCCUCAGCUCCUUUGCCUUUGCCGGUUCUUCACGAGGAGGAGGAACCAGUGACAUUAUCGGUGCAGUCAACAGAGCGCCCAGAGAACUCGGCUGCCGAGAGCCCAGCGCACUCGGCUGCCGAGAGCCCGGCGCACUCGGCUGGCGCCGAGCACCCAGAGCACUCGGCUUCCGGGGACGCGGAGCAGACUGGCGAGGAGGCGGCCGACGCAGGGCCAGAAGAGGUUGAGGAAAUCCCCGACAGGCAGGAUGAGCCCGCUGAGCUGGAAGCGCCGUCUGAAGAACCUGAGCGAACUCAGGCAGACUCAGUUCAGGACACAGCCCAGGACCCUGCUCCAAGAUGUCCGAGUGGUCCGGACGACGCUUCCAAGGACUCCGAAGAGCCGAGGAAGCCCAAGGACCACCAGGACUCCACCUGGAUACCGAUGCCGACGCCGCUGAUGGCGGCCACCGCCUCCGCACGCCGCGCGCCACCCGUCGUGGUGGCCCCGCAGCCCGAGGAGGCCCCGAAGCCCGAGGAGGCAUCGCACGAGCCAGCAGGCAAACCCUUGCUGGCGCCAGAACCGCAUCUGCGAGUCCAGACUCGAGAUGUCGGAAAACUCAAGGAGCUGCGGGAAUUCUGGGGCAACAAGAGCUCCAAGGGUUUUGCAGGUCCUGGCCUCACGGGAUCCAGGCUGUCGAAGAACGAAGCCCAGGCAACCUUGCAAAGGCUCCUAAUCGCAGGUGGAGAUUUCGAUGAGGUUCGUAAGCUACGGAAGAUCAUCGCCGAGCUGGAGUCAGCCUGA